GCGGCGGCAGCGCUGCGGAGUUUUGGCACUCUGGGUCCAACCUGGCUGAAUUCCUGGACUCCUGGCUGAUGCUUCAUCCUGGUGAGAGUGGCAGGCCCAGUUCUCUGAGUGCUCCAGCAGCUUCUCCUCUCCUGGACUCCGGGCUGCUCCAACAGGGCCUCCGGGAACGGGGCAGGAAGAGGUUGUUCCUGUUGCGUGGCUCUCUGCUGAUCCCAUCUGUGAGGAGUCAGCGUUCCUGCUCCUCGCUGCCUUCCCUCAGCAUGGAUACUUGGCGCAGGGGCUCCAUCAAAUCCACCACCUUCUUCCGACGCUUCUCCCUCAGGAGGCACAAAAAACUGGGCAACCAAGUCAUCAUCCUGAACCAGAACAGCCACACUCUGGACACAGACAGCCAGAAGAGGGAAUGCUUGAGGGACAAGUCUGAGUACCUGUCCUGUCAGAGUGAGCAGAACCUGGCCAAGGCACAAGCUCCUCCCAAGCCUCCCCGGCUGUACCUGGACAGUUCCAGCUGCCCCAACAUCAUUGAUCACACGGAUUCCCACUCUGACCUCUCCUUUUCCGACGCUGCUCCGUACCACAAAGCCACUCCAACGCACAAGGACCAGGCUACAGAGCACGGCACCUCGGAGGCAGGUCUCCCCAACAGCACCACUCUUCCCGACCUGGCUGACCCCUUCCUGUCCUUCAAAGUGGAUUUGGGGCUAUCUCUCCUCGAGGAUGUGCUGCAGACCCUCAGGAAACAGAACCCGAGGGAUUACGCCAUUUGAAGGUAUUCCUUGUCCAUCACAUCCCAGUUGCUCACUGCUGCUGCCAGUUCCUCUGAUUCCGGCAGGAGGAAGGACACUGGAGCGUGCCUGUUGUGUGUGGCCUGUUUCAUUGUCCUCACCCACCACAGACCAUCCCUGUCCUUGCCAAGGAAUCCUCUGGAGCAGAGCUCAUGGGCUCUGUGCUCAGGUGAGAGCACUCUCUGCUGUCUCGUGGGCAACUUUCCACUCUCCAUCCCAGGAAUUUCCCACUCCGGACUGAGCAUCCCCUCCUCAGGGAAGACUGGCAUUUUUUUGGAAAGACUUCUUCUGGGGAUGUGACACUGUGGGGCAGGGAUUUGUCAUGGAUCACUUGUGGAACAGCAGGCAGCCUGCAAGGAGGCAGCAGCACUGCACCCCAAAGCCAAAGCUUUGAGGGCUGAGAGAUGGGAACUGGGGCUUCUCCUCCCACCAUGAUGGAUGUGAAAGCUCAAAGCUGUUCCUCUGUUUUUUCUCCUCCUCCUUGUGGGUUUCUUUUCCCUUAACUCCAGUGCAGGUGGCACUCCCAGCCUGGAAACAGGUAAGCAUCAAAGUAGGCUCCUGAUACAGCACCAGCAGUGGAUUUAUCCUCCUGGCAGGAGAAGAGAUGUCUCUGACACUGCUGCCCCACGCAUGCACUGAGCUCCCAGCUGUACAGACAUAGAAGAAUAAAUGUAUCUGUGACUGGAA